UCAACUAUCAAUCAAUCAAUUCAAAAGAAUUUACCGACACAGCCUCGGCGGGGUGAUGUGUCGUGGAUAUAAUUUCUUAAUAAUUCGAAAAUAAUGUCGUCAGUUACCACGCAGUCUGUGUUCAAGUGAAAGAGUUGUUUGUUUUAUAUUUAUUUUUGAGGCGUUAAACAAUGAAAGUGGUCGCGACAUAUUGCUCUAGCAACGCACGGUUUAGACAAAGUUUUACGCCUUUUAAUUAGGUUUUAUCGUGAAUUCUUAUCAUAAUUAUCAAUUCCGUUGUAAAUUUGACGUCCUGUGAUACGUAACUGCUACAGGCGGUGACGGAAAACAUGAAGAGUACAGCUCCAUAUCGAGUGUGAUGUAGUAAUUUAAUUUAUCAUAAGGCUCUGGAAUUGAAUUAGUCUGUGGAAUUGAAGAGUUAGUAUUGUGAAUCGUUCCGUUCCUAACAAGCUCAAGCUGCAACCAUUGGUUCCUGCCUUAUAUGUAAUCGGAAUACGUCCAGUGUGAUUUGAUCUUAUAUUGUGUACAACGCCAUCUAGUGUCGAGUUGAGUGUGAAUAUAUAUAUUGUGGCGCCGUCUACCGGCGGAGUGUUGUGAUGCGGUGAUCAGUUCUCUAUAUACAGCGCCAUCUGUCGUCGGGUGGUGAUGUCCAGUUGAUGAUGGAGGCCGGAUUCAUCCCGGUGUCCGCGCCCGGCGGCGGCGGGACCGUUCCUCCGCCCGCCGUCGUGGCGCCACCGGCGAACGUCAUACGAGCACCGGGACUGAAACGCGGGAAAAUGGAGGAGGCUAUAUCAGAUCGGAUAAAGCUGGAGACAGUCUUCGGUCUGACGGUGAGCAGCAACGCAGCCUUAGACUCCGACCCCCACACGGAGCUGGUGGCGUAUCCUGCUGGGUGUACAGUGGUUCUGUACAAUGUACGUAAGAACAGACAGUCGCACGUGUUGAACGCGUCCAGGAAGAGCGUCACCUGCGUGGCCUUUUCCCCCGAUGGCAGGUACCUGGCCACGGGGGAGUGCGGCCACGCGCCCGCCGUGAGGGUCUGGGAUCUCCAGGACCCGACGGCCUCGGGCGCGGUUCAGAUAGCCGAGUUCCCCGGACACACCCAUGGAGUUAACUGUGUGGCGUUCUCGACCUCGUCCAAGUACCUGGUGUCGGUGGGGUCGCAGCACGACAUGAUCGUCAACGUAUGGGACUGGCGAGCCAACCUCAAGCUGGCCAGCAACAAGGUGUCGUCUCGAGUCAAAGCCGUCAGUUUCUCAGAGAACGGAAACUACUUCGUGACGGUCGGCUUCAGGCACGUCAAGUUCUGGUACUUGGAAUAUUCCAGGAACAACAAGUUCAAGGAGCCCGUGCCGCUGAUGGGUCGCUCGGCGAUCCUGGGGGAGCAGAAGGACAACGAGUUCUGUGACGUUGCCUGCGCCCGCGGCGGAAGUGACGCUACGUACGCCAUCACACGCUCCGGCCUGCUUUGCCAGUUCAACAGCAGAAGGCUCCUGGAUAAAUGGGUGGAGCUCAGGACCACGUCCGCCAACUGUAUGUCCCUGGGCCGCUCGUACAUCUUCGUGGGCUGCGCGGAGGGGAUAGUCCGGUGCUUCGCCCCCGACACCCUGCGGUACGUGACCACCCUGCCCAGGGCGCACUACCUGGGGGUGGACGUGUCCGGCGGCGCAUCCAUCAGCCACAUGUUCAGCCAGCCACCGGAAGCGCGUUACCCUGAUGCGGUGGCCCUCACCUACGACGAGAGGAACCACAAGUUGACCUGCGUCUACAACGACCACAGCCUGUACGUGUGGGAUGUGCGGGACAUUAAGAGGGUGGGUAAAUCUCACUCAGCGUUGUACCACUCGGCCUGCAUCUGGGGUCUGGACAUGGUGGGCCAGGGACCCCUGGGCCCCGGCUGCUUCCUGUCCUGCUCCAGCGACGACACCGUCCGCCUGUGGACUCUGGGGGGGUCCAGUAACAUAUACAGUAACGAAUUAAGCAAAAUACUGUACAUCGACCCCGAGUUAAAGUUCCUCAAGGACGUGGACCUCACCGCCACCAGCGACAAGGACAAGUCCAAGACGUACGACGAUAAAACCGGUGUCAGAUGCGUGCGCGUGUCGCCGUGCGGUGAGCACAUCGCGGCCGGGGAUCGCGCGGGGAACGUGUGGGUGUACGAUGCCCAGGGGACCCUGCUGCACACCCUGGAGGCCCACGAUGCUGAGGUGUUGUGCCUGGAAUACAGCUGCCAGCCGCAGUUACUGGCCUCCGCCUCCAGGGACCGACUGGUGCAUGUGUUCAGUGUUGAUAAGGGCUACCAGAUCCUCCAGACCCUGGACGAGCACUCCUCGUCCAUAACAGCUGUCAGGUUUCUCAGUUCUGGAGCUGGUCUACAGCUGGUCUCCUGCGGAGCGGACAAGACCAUACUGUUCAGACAGCUGAGGACGAACCCGGACGGGAGUUUCCAGUUCCAGCGCGGCCAGAACGUGUCGGGGCGGAGCACCCUGUAUGAUAUGGAGGUGGACGCGGGCGGGCGGCACGUGCUCACAGCCUGCCAGGACCGCAACGUGAGGGUGUACAGCGCGGCUCACGGACGACACACCAAGACCUUCCGGGGCACCACGGCGGAAGACGGGACCCUCAUUAAGGUGGCGUUGGACAGCAGCGGCAUCUACCUGGCCACGUCCAGCACGGACAAGCUGCUCAGCGUGUACGACUACUACUCCGGGGAGUGCAUGGCCACCAUGUACGGACACUCCGAGAUCGUCACCGGCCUCAAGUUCACUCCGGACUGCCAGCACCUGAUAUCGGCGUCCGGGGACGGGUGUAUGUUCGUGUGGAGGGUUCCGCAUGACAUGGUGGUCACCAUGAGGGCCAGGCUCGCGCAGCAGGCCAUACGACAUGGACGUAAGGCGCCUACCAACGGUGCGAGCGUCCCGUCCAGUGAGACCGAGUCCUACUGGGGCUCCCCGCCGCGGGACGUCCCCGGGGCCGCGGAGACCUUCAUGGCGCCCGUCGUACCCGACUACACUCUCCGUGUUGGCCGUCUUCCGUCGUGGGCCAAGAAGAGCCUGGGCGACGAGCUGGUCUCGGGCGGGCCGCCCGCCGCCCCCCCGGCCUCGGCCCCGGCGCCCGCCGCGGCGCCCGUACCGCUCGCCCGGGGCAAGUGGGCCACGAGGAUACUACCGCCCUCUGACAAACGCGUGGACUCCGACGGGUCCAAGGAUAGCUCCAUAGAUAGUGGAACAGACACCAGGUACCACGACAGGAGACACAAACAGAGGCCGAAGUCGCUGAACCUGUAUCAGCUGCCGCGGGUCGAGGCGCUCUUCAGAAAUUUCGAUGCCAAUAUGAGGGCGACGCACGACAUACUGUCGAUAUCUCCCCGAGUAGAGAAGGUUACGUUAAGUUUAACCCAAGCCCGUCCCGAGGCGCGGACCCGUCACCACACUGACGACUCCUCGUUAGGGAGUCUAAAGUUCGAGGAUCAAGAGUCCACGGAGCAUGACGGCGAUGUGGAGGACAUAUCCGAUGGCGAAAGGACCUCGUCCUCGGAGAGGGGCAGGCCGACUUACUACCCGGGGAACAACGACGACGAAGUGCCCAGCGAGUUCCUGGUGAACGCAAUGGACGCGGCGGAGCUCCGCCAGUCCGUGCGUCGCGCGCGUCGCUGGGCGGCGCCCCCGCCCGCCUCGCCCGCUCCGCCCUCGCUGACGGGCUCGCCCAGAGACUCCGACGACGACGAGGUGUCGACUCCGUCCGGGGACAACGCCGACCGCAACCCGCUGUCGGGGUCGUGCGAGUCGCUGGACACGGUCGGCAGAAGAGAGAAAUACAUCAAGUCUGCCUUCGACAGCCUCAGCGGGGUGGACGGAGACACGCCGCAAGCUGGCAACAGGUCGCUGUCCUCGCAGCACCGCGCCCCGCGGGACCCUGACGCCGCCCGGAGGAGGGAGGAGCUGCAGCGGAGGAUACACGAGACCAGGAGACAGCUGGAGACGGUGGCGUUUCGAUCGAAUCUUAAAUCGAGCCAGUCGACGACGGAUCUGUCGUACAUCCCGGAGAAAGAUGGCUCCCGGCGAACUAGACCGCUGUCUAUGGCCGUGACGAGCAAUAACAGACAAUUUGCACGUAAUCUCCUGUCUCCCGAGGAAGAGACCGGGAUGCGACGUGCCAUAUCGCUCUCAGACCUGGCAGCUAAACCUGUCCCGGCGCCCAGGACGCCGCAAGGCGCAUCGAAACCGGCUCAGCCGAGUCCUAACGGCAAAUCGCCGAGUGGGUUCGUGAGGCCCGCGCCGCGGUACAACGGCAAGUCCAACAUGACGAGGAGCUCCAGCGUAGGUGUCCUGAACCAGAGCGACUCGGAGUCCGACCCGCCACACCGGACCCAGGCGGCCAGUUCUCGCUCAGGUCUCAUGAGGCCCACCAUCAGCUCGGCCAACAAGGCGGCCGCCAACACGGCCCGGAGACGAGGCCUCGCCAACGCUUACAGCACAGCGAGCGUGGCGCGCUCGGAGUCCAGCUCGGAGGCCGAGGGCGAAGCCCCGAGACCGCGGGCCGCCUCCGCCGACAGGGCCCAGAGGAAGAUCGGAGGCCGCAGCGGGAGUGAACGCGACAUCUCGUCUAAAGCCCGCGAGGUGACGGCGCGCCUCACGAGCCGGCAGCGGCCCAAGCCGGAGAACGCGGGAGACAAUAACAUGUCACCGUCAGCUCUGUGCGCGGCGCUGACCGAGCAGCUCACCAGGACGGCGGGAAAGGUGGCCGCCUUGUACCGCGCGCUGCAGGACGACCCGCGCUCGGACGGAGACAUCAGCGGUCUAGAAGCGGCCAUCCUGGAGACUCAGAAGGUCCUCAGGAAUGCUGUGAGUCAGAACGGUGAAGAGGCGGCGAGUAAAGUGGAGCACUCCGCUAAAGAUGUGUCUCCGGGCCACCCAGCCAUGUCAUUGAUAGAGCAGUACUCUGACAUGUUGCUGAACAUGAUGCAGAACAAAAUGGUGAACCAGUUCUCCCAGAGCCCCCAGAGCCUGCCGCCCACCGCCGGGGAGGAGAGCUAGUGAUAGUGGUCGUAGUGUUGUGAAAGUUAACUUUGAAGCUGCCAGCGAUCCGUAGCUUACAGCACUAGUGUUCCCAAAUACAACUACCAUUAGUGAUAAGGAACGGUUUAAUGUACGGAGUUAAGAUAACUAACGAAGCGGUUGCACCGAGGCGUUGAGUGGAACCGAACGUACUGGAAUCCGGAUAUGAAGAUAAUGGGAUAUGAUCACCGAUGAUGGAAUUGAUGAUGGAAUUGAUGAUGGACAUGCAAUAAUUAAUUUUGACAUAAAUUUUUCAUAACAAUAAGCCGACGAGUCACUUAAAGUCACUGUUUAAUGAAUCACGUAAACGAAAUGCAACUAAAGAGUCCUACCAAAUAAGAGUUCCGAACCUGUAUGGGAACGCGAGGGCAGACUAACACGUUCAUGUAAAUGAUACCAAGCUCGCCCCUAAACACACAAAACGAUACCUUAACUCGGCCGCGUAAGGUUCGUUAUACAUAUAUUCAUGAAUCGUUACCCUAAACUAAGCUUACCGUCUGUCUGUGUGUCACAAUUAAUUUUAUUUCUAUUGUAAAUAUCACGGGAGGGCCGCGGGGGUCGCGGGGUCGCGGGGGUCGCCAGCCGCCGGCUCCGCGCGGGGUCGCGCGCCGUUGUAUAUAUAUUUAUUACUAUGAAUCAUGUAAUGCCAUUUACUAAGACUAACUACAUAUUACAUUUUAUUGCAUUUGUCUGUAGUUUUCUUUUAUUUCGUCUUCCUUUCUUCUUUUCUCGUGGAUUUGUGCUGGAAUUGUAAUGUAUCAUGAUAUCUUUGUUGUAAUUCUUUCUCAUACUAUACGAUAUACUAUGUAGUUGUCGCAUGACGCUUCCCGGACACUAGUUCCCGCCAUCGUUACAAGAUGGCGGACUCGAAGCUAAUAUUGGACUAUUUAUGUACGUUAUGUAAUGUACAUAAGUAAUUUUUAUAUCAAAUAAAACGAUUAAAACCG